UUGUCUGUAGUUGUCUUGCGUCUCGGUGUGGAGCCGGUACACAGUUUUAAGGUCUAUUUUAAGUAAGUCUAAAUUUGUUCUCUGAUGGCAUACGUUUAGUGUUUGAGUAUAAAGCCCCGAGUGGAUGGAAACGUGUGUAGCUCCGGACAAAGUUUGACCAGUCGGUUAGAUACUUCCAACAGUACUGCUGCUACAGAUCUUGGAUCCUGCUAUUGAGUAAAUCAGCCAAUUUCCUCGGGUAAUUAUUUACUUCGUCAUGUCGGAUAUUCAAGACAAAUCCAUUGGCGAGGACGUUGGGGACAAGAUCAUCGAGGAUGGAAGUCUAGUGUCGGUCGAAAAUUCCAGUGAAGCUCCGGAUAACAAUGAGGAGAGCAGCAGCAUUCACCAGUUGUCAGCAGAGACGAUGAGGAGCCUCAAUGAGGAGAUUGCGAGAACUCUGGACUUAACUGGUACUGGAACUGGAACUGCAACUGGAAGCACAACCACAGCCACUGGAACAACGACUGGGACAAGUACGACUACGACGACACAAGACGAGACGGGAGAUCUGUCGACACAACCAAAGAGGGACGAAGUCCAAGUUGGAAAAACAGUUGCCGGUGAGUGCAGGAAUAUAUUGCCCGUAUUAGUUGAGCAUUUGCGCUCGGCACUUGAACUGACAUCGGCCAGUACUAAGCGGAUCAUCGCCGACGAGCCACUGGCACCUGAUCCGCUCUCGUGUAAUCGUAAUUAUCACUACCAGGAUCCAACAUCAAAUUCCUCGUUAUCGCAAACGCACACCAUGGAUUUUAAUUUUUUUGGAGACCUCCUGGUCUCGGACAUAAAAACUGCCCUUGUCCGGCUUCAAGAAACCUUGAGACGCGUUGACGUCGACGCACUGACUAGAUACAGUUCGACUUUGGAGUCAAACGAGAAAUUACGUCUGCUUCAACUGAUUUCUAAUCUGGUUUCUAAUUUAAAAAUGGCCAAGCUAGACGACGUGUCUUCUGUUCAACCCCAACCGCAGCCGCAGCAGCUGCAGGUUCCGGCUGUGAGCACAGCAAACUCAUCAGUCAGUUCACCAGCUAAAAGAAGACACCGCGGCAAAGACAGACAUACCAUCGGUGUAAGCAGCGAAGAAUUAGCGCGGGCUAGAAGGUGGCUCGAAGAACGAGGCACCGGUGUGACAUUAACAUCUCAGAGACUAUCACUCGCUCCGCAGACUGUCCAGCUUGACCCGAGCCCAGUUAAUCCUGAAAGUAAUCUGGAAAAUAAACUUUUUGACAGUCCGCGGGCCUGCGACAAGCACAUGAAGGACGCUAUCAAUCAGCAGCAGUCCUUGCAAAGCAGGACUAAGGACACUGAGGCCCAGGUAAAUGCCGUCGAGCCAAGUGAUACUAAAGUUUCAAGUGAUAAAUUGGAGACUGAUACCGAGCAAGUUAAUUUUAUAAAUAUCAAUAAUAAAGUCGCGAGUAAUAAAUUCACCGCAAAGAAGUUUAAGAUAAAACGUGCUAACACCAUUGAUAUUCCGAAUUACCUGAAGCUACAGGCGGAAAAAUCACAGUCCUGCAGUCCAGGAUUAAGGAGACCCAUUGACAUUGGUGACAGAUUGUCUUGGAACCCACCCCAAGCAAAUGUCCUGAUACCUUCGUUUGAACCUAAAACUGAAAAUGACAGAAAAUUUCUGGCGCUAAUUAACCGUAAUAAUGAUAAUAAUAAUAAUAAUAUUAAUAAUAAUAGUAAUAGUAAUAAUAGUUAUGGUAAUAAUAGCACGAGUGGUUUUAAUCAGCCGUUUAAAAGUUUUAAUUAUCGUCAAACAAGUUCAAUUGCUGAUAAAAACUGGAAAAGUAGGUUUUCAAAUAUUAAAACGGCGUUUGACAAACCCUCGCCACCGGCAUCUGUCGACGGAUCAUCAAGAAGAAGUUCACGAGACGACGGUAAGAAUAAUUACCGUGAACAUCCGGGUGUUCUUGUCGGUUCUCUUAAACUCGGUAGACCAGAAUCCGCCAACGCCGCGAUAAAGGACUACAAUUUUGGGCGUAAAGUCGGCAAUUUCACGCAUGCCGCGACUUCACCCUUUCAGAAGAUAAAUAAUAUAAAAAAUAUUUAUAGCGAAGAAAAACCAACGCCGUCUUACUAUUUACCGGCAUGCGCCUCUAGUGGAAUGCUCAGAGCCAAGCUGAAGAUGUUUGAUCACCAGCAAGAGACAGUAUCACCAGUUACAACAAUGCACGUUGAUCCGUUACCGCGGGUUCAAUUGUCAGCUGCGCAUACCAAAGUAAAUGUGAAACCUGAAAAAAUAAUCAAAGACACGGGCUACUCAACUGAUGCUUUGAAUCAUUGCCAAAAUAAAAUACGUAACAAUGGGUUUCGUAAUCUCUCUUACGAUAAAGUUAGAAGACAUACUGUCAUUUACGAUACCAACGGUAAUGAUGAUAACAAUAACAAUAAUAAUAAUAAUAAUAUUAAUAUUAAUAGAAUUAAUAAUAAUGAUAAUGAUAGAAAAGUACAGGGUCAAGAUGUCCAAAAACAAAGUGUUGCAGUACAAACAAAUUAUCCAAUUCAAUUGAAUAAUCAACAUGUCGAAAAUGAUGAUCAUGAGUCAUUGAUAGGAAAUAUUUGUCCCCGUCCUCAUCAGCAAAAAAAUUAUCAAUCUGUGCCAAUAACAUUUUAUGAGAAUGAAAAUCCUAUAUAUGAACCACCAAAACCAGUGCCAAGAGACAUUGAUUUUUUAAUCCCGCCGAUAAUAAACAGUAAUUACAACAGCAAUAGAUUCGUUGAUGACGAAUCGGACCACUCAUUCAUGGACGAUGAAAACAUCGCGAACCAAGACAUCAGUGAUGAUAGAAUAGUAACUCGUUACACCAGCGCAAUAGCUACCGUUGAAAACUCACCGCUGUCUCCAAUAACUCCAGCGUCUGUGUCGCCGCCUGAUUAUCAAGAGGCUAUACCUUGUGCGGCGAUACAACCGGUUCUCAGUGAUGAUGUCCAGCGUCACAAUAUGCUUCAGCAGAGUCUUAUUCGUCGAUUGCAUUACGAGACAGAUAAAGUAAUUAAACCCAUUCAGAUCCCGAGUCAAGCUCCGAUUCCGAUUCCGAUUCCGACAGCGACUGUGACUCAGAAUAAAAGUAUGAGUCAGAGUUUGAGUUUUAAUAAAAAUCCUAGAUACUCGAUGAUUCAUUACGAUGAUAAUUUGUCACCGAUUACUACAGAAGUGGUACAAAACGGUCGUGAAUCUGUUGAACCAUUGAUAGAAAGUCGCAACACCCAAGAAAAAAUAAAUAUUUUUGAAGAAAAAUCAACUCGCCGACCAGAUCCUCUGGUGAUUCGUCCGAUUCACAUCCCGCCGAAGAUAAAUAUCGUCAGUCCUUCAAGGACGAUGCCCCAAGGAUUGAAUCCUAAUAAUAAUCCUUACGUACCUCCACUGCCAGUUAAAUAUUCGAGCCCAGUGGACUCGAGCGAUGAGUAUCUGGUGAACUGCGCGACUCGCCCGCACCGAUCAAUUGUCCUGUCAAAAUCCGAAUCCUGGCACCAGCUCGCCUUGUCCAAGAACCAUCUCCAGGUGCCUCCAGUUCCCCCUCACAAACCACCGCGCGUGAGCUCCUGCAAGCACUUGGACCCUGAGAAAAACGACAUGAAAAAAAUGGAGGAAAAGGUCCAGCGGUACUUUGACAGAUCAAACAGCAGCCUGGGGCAGAGCAAGCGAGACUCGGGACCGAAGCGAAGGUCCUUGCCGAGAAAAAAUAACCUGGGAAGUUUGGCACGCAGUCAUACGAUGCCGCAUAUUUAUGACGAUGUCACCGAUGUCGAUAAGGCAUUCGAUAGUCUCUUCGAAGAAACGACUCGCGAUCGCCACUGAUUAUAACAAAAUUAUUAUUAUUAUUUUUACAAGUUUAAAUAUUGAUUAAUUAAUUUUAUUUAUUUUAUCGAGUUGUAAAAUAAACAUUUAAGAUUAAUAAAUAAUUUUAUUUAAUUAGA